AUGAUUGUCGAUUUGGCGCGGAGUGGAGCAAGACCGUGCGAUAUCUCAAGAAAGCUUUGCGUUUCCAACGGGUGCGUCUCAAAGAUACUAUGCCGAUACUAUGAAUCCGGUAGCAUACGACCAAGAGCCAUUGGCGGUUCAAAACCUCGCGUUGCAACCGGUGGUGUUGUGUCAAAGAUUGAAGCCUACAAGCGGGAGCAACCUUCGAUUUUCGCGUGGGAGAUCCGCGAUCGGCUUCUUACCGACGGCAUCUGUUCUCCAGAUACCAUCCCAUCGGUCUCUUCAAUCAAUCGAGUACUUCGCACUCUUGCCGCUCGAAAAGAACAACAAGCCAUGCAAACCGAAUUUUACGCCGGACUACGGUAUCCUUCCUCGCAGUGGUAUGGACAGUGGCCCGUACAAAUGACGGGCGUCAUGCAACUUCCCUUCUCUCAGCAGAAUCCGAUGGAAACGAAAAAGGAGAGCGAGGAUUUUCUAUCGAGAGAUGAGGAUCAAAAGCCACCAAACGACCCCGACGAGGACGUGGCCGCACGCAUGCGCCUCAAGCGCAAGCUACAGCGAAACCGAACAUCCUUCAGCCAAGAGCAGAUUGAGGCCCUAGAGAAAGAAUUUGAGCGAACCCACUACCCUGAUGUGUUCGCGCGCGAGCGAUUAGCUCAGAAGAUCGGGCUUCCGGAAGCGCGGAUACAGGUAUGGUUCUCGAACCGACGAGCAAAAUGGAGACGCGAGGAAAAGCUUCGCAGCAAGCGACCUGGAUGUGUUGAACCAUCACUUGGAAAUGGUACUCCUCAACCCCCACCAUCCGGCAGUACCCCAAGCGGAUCAUCGUUGGGUGCUCAACCCCUAGGAGGAUCCCCAGCUUCUGUCACGCAAAACUUCGUCUCCGCCAACCCCGGGCAAAUGUACGUCAGCAACCUGGCGCACGACCCCUAUGGCUUUACGUUUGCAAACGUUGGUAUGCCACCACAGCCGCCUACGGAUUUCGGGCCUUAUCAUCAUAUGUUUUCGGCCGCGCGCUAUGACCCAGCUUCGUUCCAUCCAUACGCCCGCUCGAUGAAUUCAUCUGUGACCAAUCAACCAUUUUCCACGACCGCGAUGAGCAUGUCGACGGCUAAUUCUUUGGCUCAAUCUACUGUUCAAGACCUUGGCCUCGGACUCCCCGUCUCUGCCGUGCUGAACUCGUUGGAGAUGGGCACUGCUCCGCCCGGAAUGCACGCCGAACUACCGGUCGACUCUCACCAGCCAUCGGCCCAAUACUGGACCCAG